AUGAAAUCUCACAACUAAGGUAGAUAAGAUUUUUUAUAAUGGAUAAAUGAAUUAACUGAAUGUGAUUAUCCUAAGGUUGAGGUAAUAUUUAAAUUUUAAAUUAGUUAUUAUCUGAUGGGAUUGGUUAUUGUUAAAUAAUAGAUGCAUUACAUCCAGGAGCCAUAUAUCUUUCAAAAUUAAAUUUUAUGGCUAGAUUUCCAGAUGAAUACACUAAGAAUUUAAAAGUAGAUUGUAAUAUUUAAUAGAGGUUCUUGAUGAUGCAUUUUCUAAACUUAAAAUUGAUAAAGUUGUUCCAAUUGAUAAAUUAAGUAAAUGCAAAUUUUAAGAUAAUAUGACAUUUUUAUAGUGGAUGUAUAAUUAUGCUUCUAAAGUUAAUCCAUUUGUUAAAAAUUAUCGUGGUUAUUAAAGAAGAUUAGAAGCUUUUGAAAAAUAACAUCAUGGUCGUUAUACACAAAUGAGUGCUCAUCUGAUUCCAAAUACUGAAUUUUUAAAAUUUAAAUAGACAGAUAUUGAUGGCAGAACAUUUUUAAAAGUUGAAUCUACAAAAGCUUAAUAAGCUGAAGAAGCAAUCAAAGAAUUAGAAAUUGAUAUCAAAAACAAAAUGGAUUAUAAUUGGAAAUUAAUAUAUGCUUUAGAUGAUCUUUAAUAUUAAAGAGAUGUAUUAUAUGGAUUAUUAACAAAAAUUGAUUAAUGUGUUUAAAAAAGUAAUGAUCCUGCAGCUAUUAAAAUGCAUAAUGUCAUAAUGGAAGAACCUAUAGAUUUUUCUGAAAAAUGA